CUAUGUGCGCGCGCGCGUGUGGUUACUUUCGCUUUCACCCGGAACUCCGCUGAAUCCGUGGACUCUCUCGGCUCGGUUCUGUUAACGCUGCCGCCAUGGUGUUCACGUACCCCACCGCCCGCAGGGACGAUAGCAAGGUGGAUGAUUAUCACGGAACAAAAAUCUGUGAUUCAUACGCAUGGCUUGAGGACCCCGACGGUGCAGAAACAAAGGCGUUUGUGGAGGCGCAGAACAAACUGACGAUGCCAUACCUGGAGGGGUGUGCAGUCCGUCCCCAAUUCCACAAGCGGCUGACUGAACUGUACGACCAUCCCAAGUACAGCUGCCCCUACAAACGGGGGUCCAGGUAUUUUUAUUUUCACAACGAAGGCCUGCAGAACCAGGAUGUGCUCUAUGUGCAGGAUGCUCUGGAUGCUCCUGCCUCUGUAUUCUUUGAUCCGAAUAAGCUGUCUGAAGACGGAACAGUAGCUUUGAAGAUGGGCCGUCUGUCGGAGGACUGCGAGUACUUUGCGUACGGUUUGAGCAGCAGUGGCUCAGACUGGGUGACCGUCCACUUCAUGAAGGCGGACGACCUCACGAAGCUGCCUGACGUGCUGGAAAGGGUCAAAUUCAGCUGCCUGGCCUGGACCCACGACGCAAAAGGAAUCUUCUACAACUGCUACCCCCGUCAGGACGGCAAAACAGAUGGCACAGAGACCACUUCCAACAUCAACCAGAAGCUCUACUACCACGUGAUUGGCACUGAACAGUCUGCAGAUGUCUUGGUGGCAGAGUUUCUAGAUCAUCCCAAGUGGCACAGUUCACUAACUAUAUCGGACGAUGGUCGUUACGCUGUCCUGUCCAUCACCGAAGGGUGUGAACCGGUCAACCAGCUGUGGUACUGUGACCUACAACAGCUGCCUGAUGGAAUCAAAGGUCUGCUCCCAUGGGUCAAACUUGUGGACAACUUUGAGGCUCAGUACUCGUACAUCACCAACGAAGGAAGUGUUUUCACCUUCCGCUCCAACCUGGACGCCCCUCGGUACCGCCUCAUAAACAUCGACAUCCAGAAGCCAGAGCGGGAGAACUGGACCACCCUGAUCCCGCAGCACAAUAAGGACGUCCUGGGAUUUGUCUCCUGUGUCAAUCAGCGCCACCUGCUGGUCAACUAUGUCCACGACGUGAAGGACAUUCUGCAGCUGUACGAGCUGUCAAGCGGCCGGCUGAUCCGAGAUCUGCCUCUGGAUGUGGGGACCGUGGCCGGAGUGAGCUGCAAGAAGAAGCACUCGGACUUCUUCUACAAGUUUACAUCCUUCACAACGCCUGGCAUCAUUUACCACUGCGACCUGAGCGAGCCGAACCCCGAACCCAAAGUCUUCAGGGAGGUGGAGGUGAAGGGCAUUAAGCAAGACGAGUUCCAGACCACACAGGUUUUCUAUCCCAGCAAGGAUGGAACCAGCAUCCCCAUGUUCCUGGUCCACUCCAAGGACCUGAAGAAGGACGGGACCAAUCCGGUCUUUCUGUACGGAUACGGAGGCUUUGAGGCUUCCAUACAGCCGUACUACAACGUUGCUUAUCUGCUGUUUGUGAGGCACCUUGGUGGGAUCCUGGCUGUUGCCAACAUCAGAGGCGGUGGGGAGUACGGCCUCACCUGGCACAAAGCGGGGACGCUGGAGAACAAACAGAACUGCUUUGAUGACUUCCAGAGCGCCGCCGAGUACCUGAUCCAGGAGAAGUACACCACCGCCAACCGCCUCGCCAUCAACGGGGCGUCCAACGGAGGCCUGCUUGUGGCGGCGUGCAUGAUCCAGCGCCCGGACCUGUUCGGCUGUGUGGUUGCAGAAGUGGGCGUGAUGGACAUGCUCAAAUUCCACAAGUUCACCAUCGGCCACGCCUGGACCACCGACUACGGCUGCUCUGAUGACCCGGCGCAGUUCCAGUACCUCAUCAAGUACUCUCCUCUCCACAAUCUGCCUCAGCCCCCGUACGCCGGGCCGCCCUACCCGGCCGUCCUGCUGCUGACGGCGGAUCACGACGACCGCGUGGUGCCCCUCCACACGCUGAAGUUCUGCGCCGCGCUGCAGCACGGUGUGGGCAGCAGCGCCCAGCAGAAGCAGCCGUUCAUGGUGAGGGUGGACACCCGCAGCGGGCACGGGGCGGGGAAACCCACCACCAAGGCCAUCCUGGAGGAGACGCACAUCUUCUCCUUCAUCGCGGAGACUUUAGGGCUCAGCUGGAAGGACUGAUGAGGAGGAAUUCAGACGACUGAACCACCGCCGUGAUUUAAAGAUGAACCCAUGGUCCCAAGAGCUGUUCAUGUUUUUUACAUGAUGGUGGAGGGUCACACUUUCACCUCGUUGCCAUGGGGACAGAUUGAUUGUUCGAUGAAGUCAGCAAAAGUUCACCUUCCUUCUUAAGAAAACACACAAUAAAAAGGCUGCAGACAUGACCUCUGACCUUUACGAAACUGACGUUUUUUUUUCAUUUUUGGUAAUCAAAACUAUCUUAAAUUAUCUGCAAUUAUUUUUUCUUUGCUUUUAGGUUCCAUUCUGACAAAAACGAUUGAAAAGGAGACAACAAACCUGUAUUUCUUAUCAUUGAUCUGUCCUAAAAGUACAAAAAGAUGUUAAGAAAAAAUUCAUACAUAGGAUUUAUGAUCAUGAUGUGCCAAAAGAUCCAUUUGAAUCAAUAAAACAAUUUUUUACUCAUCCACAUGGGUUGAUGUUGACGAUCAA